UCCGGUCAACCAGCCACUUGCCUCUUGUCGACUCGAGAUGUAACUCUGGAUUUCGUCCCUCUGUCUCUCUGUGUCUCGCAGUCUCUCUCCGUGCCUAUAAAUGGAAUGCCCGCCCUGCAGUCUCUCCCAAACAUCUCUUGGCCACAGAAACCACUUGUUCUCGUUCAGGAUUGAUUCCCUCCACCCAACUGCCACCCGGCACGACGAGACAAGAAACCAAGCGCCGCCCAGGUUGGCAUUGCCCCGGGACAGGGUGAGGCGAGGAGAGCACGAGAUCUCCAUCCCGCCGUGUCUGUCUCUGUCUCCCUCAUCUGGGUCUCGCCGCUUGAUCCGUUCCAGGAAGGAGAAGGUGGAGGGGAAGGGAAUGGAGAUGGUGGUGACUCAUCAUUACGUUGUGGGGACUCUCUUGGCUUCUGUGUUGGGCCUCGUUCUCCUCUACGUCCUGCGUCGGAGGAAUGGUGACGCGAGAGCGAAGGUCCCGAGGAAGGACGGAGGUUACGUCACCACCCGUGAAGCGUCGCCGCGCGAUUCCGCGAAUCGCGAUUGCUCGCCGGAGAAUGGCUUCGGCGCCGCCGACGUGAUCAUCGUCGGCGCUGGAGUUGCCGGUUCCGCUCUUGCGCACACCCUCGGCAAGGAUGGAAGGAGAGUUCAUGUUAUAGAAAGAGACCUGACUGAACCAGACCGAAUUGUUGGCGAACUGCUGCAGCCAGGGGGAUACCUGAAACUUAUUGAAUUGGGUCUUGAGGAUUGUGUCGAGGAAAUUGAUGCCCAGAGAGUGCUUGGCUAUGCUAUGUUUAAAGAUGGGAAAAAUACUAGACUCUCGUAUCCCUUGGGAAAAUUUCAUUCAGAUGUAGCUGGCAGGAGUUUCCACAAUGGACGUUUCAUACGGAGGAUGAGGGAAAAAGCUGCUACUCUUCCCCAUGUGCGACUGGAACAAGGGACUGUUACAUCACUGAUUGAAGAAAAUGGGACUAUCAUGGGAGUGCAUUACAAAACUAAGGCUGGUCAGGAGCUGGAAGCAUUUGCUCCUCUGACAAUUGUUUGUGAUGGGUGCUUCUCGAACUUGCGCCGCUCACUGUGCAAGCCAAAGGUAGAUGUCCCCUCUCAUUUUGUUGGACUUGCACUCGAAAACUGUGAGCUUCCCUUUGCAAACCAUGGGCAUGUUAUUCUCGCCGAUCCUUCGCCUAUAUUGUUUUAUCCAAUUAGUAGCACGGAGGUUCGAUGUUUGGUUGAUGUACCUGGUCAAAAGCUACCUUCUAUUGCUAAUGGAGAAAUGGCCAAAUAUUUGAAAAGUGUGGUGGCUCCUCAGAUCCCUCCUCAACUUCAUGAUGCCUUCAUUGCGGAAAUAGACAAAGGCAACAUAAGGACUAUGCCAAACAGAAGUAUGCCGGCUGAUCCCUCCCCGACACCUGGAGCCCUUCUAUUGGGCGACGCAUUCAACAUGCGCCAUCCUUUAACAGGGGGAGGGAUGACUGUGGCCUUGUCGGACAUUGUGAUACUCAGGGAUCUUCUUAAGCCUUUGCGCAAUCUUCAUGAUGCAACAGCACUGUGCCAACAUCUCGAAUCCUUCUAUACCCUGCGCAAGCCUGUGGCGUCCACUAUAAACACUUUGGCGGGUGCUCUGUACAAGGUCUUUUCUGCUUCUCCAGACCGAGCCAGGAAAGAGAUGCGCCAAGCAUGUUUUGAUUAUUUAAGCCUUGGAAAUGUCUUCUCAGACGGACCCAUUUCUUUGCUUUCCGGCCUAAAUCCACGUCCCUUAAGUUUAGCCCUCCAUUUCUUUGCGGUGGCUAUAUAUGGUGUUGGCCGACUGCUGUUACCCGUUCCUUCGCCUAAACGUCUCUGGAUUGGAGCCAGAUUGAUUUCGGUGGCAUCAGGCAUAAUUUUCCCUAUUAUCAGGGCAGAAGGAGUGAGGCAAAUGUUUUUCCCUCGGACUGUUCCAUCAUUCUACAGAGCUCCUUCUGAUAACUAAAGAAAGUGGAAUGGAAUCUGUCGUGAAGGAAUGUUGGAGAUUGGCUUUGCGUUUUUGCUGUUUGGAAUUUGGAGUGAGAUCGGUUUGUGCUCUCAAGUGUUUGAAGUGAGAUCAUGCAGUUGCCACCAUGGUCACUAGCUUAUGUGUCUCCAACUGAUAAAAAGAAUGAAAAAAGGACUUUGUCCAGAAA